CAACAGAUGGCGUUUAUUCUUGUUUAUAUCGAUACUUUAACUCUCAGAUGAAGUGUCAACUUUGCGUAGCUGUAACCAAGAAAUAAAGUUAGAAAUUAAGCUAUGGAGAAAUUAUCAAAACCACAAAUAAUUUGUCAUAUUGAAAAAUCCGUCGAUUAUUCCUUAUUUGACACAAAAUGGAUUCCGUGUAGUGCGAAGUUUGUGGUUAUGGGCUCUAGACCUCGUGGUACUGGAAUUAUACAGAUUUAUGAAGUAUCAAGCGGAGAAUUAAAACAUAUUAAGGAUAUCGAACGAUCAAAUCCAGUUAAAUGUGGAACAUUUAACGCUUCGAGUUUACGAGACAGGCACUUAGCAGUUGGUGAUUUCAAGGGAAAACUUAAUAUAUACAAUCUUGAAGAUCCUUCAAUACCACUUUAUACAGCUAAUGCUCACGAUGAUAUUAUAAAUGCUAUUUCUGGUGUAGCUGGUCAUAGCAUUGGUUGUGGUGCACCAGAGUUAGUAACAGGAUCACGCGAUGGUAGCGUUAAAGUAUGGGAUCCAAGACAAAAAAGUCGACCGGUAGCUGUAAUGGAACCUAAAGAAGGAGAAAGUCGUAGAGAUUGUUGGACAGUUUCCUUUGGUAAUUCUUACAACUCUGAAGAAAGAACUGUUGCAGCUGGCUAUGACAACGGGGAUAUCAAAAUGUUUGAUUUAAAAGCCAUGUCUCUUAGAUGGGAGAGUAACGUCAAGAAUGGUGUUUGUGGUAUCGAAUAUGAUAGGAAGGAUAUUCCUAUGAAUAAAUUAGUCGCAACUACUCUUGAGGCUAAAUUUUAUUUAUUUGAUUUGAAAACGCACCAUCCAAAGAAAGGUUAUGCUUAUUUAAUAGAAAAGGCGCAUAAAUCAACAAUAUGGAUGGUCAAGCAUUUACCACAAAAUAGAGAAAUAUUUGCAACUGGAGGUGGAGAUGGUUCUCUUUGUCUUUGGAAAUAUAAUUAUCCAGAGAAACGAAAGCAGACUGACGCGGAUGGUAUAGAGCAAGGUGUUAUUGGAAGUGUAAGUCUACUUCAAAACAAUUCUCUUUCAACUCAACCAAUUAGUGCCUUGGAUUGGAGUCCAGAUAAACAAGGGUUAGCUGUUUGUACAUCGUUUGAUCAAUGUUUACGUGUUAUUAUAACAACUAAGCUUAACCUCGUAUGAAAGAAAUAUAAAAGUUCAACAUAAAUGUUUACAAGUAAUAAUCAUUAAUAAUUACCAUUAAUGAAAUAUAUUUUAUUAUAAAUUUUCA